UACCUCACAUUAUCAGUGCGCUCCGACCAACCGGUUCCCCACCAUGUCGAGCGGCAAGACGUUCCGUGCGGCAGCCAUCGUGCUCUCAAUAGUGACAUCUUGCGGAUUUGGCCAAGAUGUGCCACCCAAAGACUGGUGGGAAACGGCUCUGUUUUACCAGAUCUACCCGCGGUCGUUCUACGACACCAACGGGGACGGAAUCGGCGACAUCCGGGGAGUGACGGCCAAACUGCAGUACCUCAAGGACACCGGCAUCGACGCGACCUGGCUCAGCCCGGUGUUCAAGUCACCCCAGCGGGACUUUGGGUACGACGUGAGUGACUUUCUGGAGAUUGACGCCCUGUUUGGGACCAACGCCGACAUGGAGGAACUGUUUGCGGAGGCGCGCAAGCUGGGCAUCCGGAUCGUGCUGGACUUUGUGCCGAACCACUCCAGCAUCGAGCACUGGUGGUUCAAGCAGUCGGAGCUGGGCGUGAAGCCGUACAAGGAUUACUACGUGUGGCACCCGGGACGGUCCGUUCCCGGGCAAAUUAAGCCCGAUGUGCCGAACAAUUGGAACUCCGUCUUCUACGGCUCGGCUUGGGAGUGGAGCGACAUCCGGAAGGAGUACUACCUGCACCAGUUUGAGGUGGGUCAGCCGGACUUGAACUACCGCAACGAAGCGGUGAUCGCCGAGUUUGACGAGAUAUUGCGCUUCUGGAUGGGGAAGGGCGCGUCCGGGUUUCGCGUUGACGCCGUCAACCACAUGUUCGAGGACGCCGAGUUCCGCGACGAACCGGUGGUGGACCCGUCCGAUCCGCUCCGCUACGGGUACACCAACCUCAUGUACACAAACAGCUUGCUCGAGACUUACGACGUAAUUGGUCACUGGAGACGGGUGAUUGACGAUUAUGCAAAGGAACAUGACCGGGAGACGAUAAUCAUGAUGACGGAAGCUUACACCAGCAUGGACAUGAUCAUGCGCUUCUAUGAAUCCGACGACGGAGUCGAGCAGAGAGCGCAUUUCCCCUUCAACUUUGCCAUGAUUACGGAACUCAACGCGCAAUCGAAGGCCCGCGAUUUCAAGUACGUCAUCGACCGAUUCUUGGAGAACAUGCCGCGUGGAAAGGUUACAAAUUGGGUUCUUGGAAACCACGAUCAACCCCGCGUAGGAAGUCGAUACGGGGUGGAACGUAUUGACGGAAUGCUGCUGAUGCUGCUGACACUGCCGGGCGUGGCGGUGACCUACAACGGGGAAGAGAUUGGAAUGGUCGACUAUCGGGAUAUAAGUUACGAGGACAGCCGCGAUCCUCAGGGAUGUAACGUAGGUCUGGAGGAGUAUCAGUGGAAGUCGCGAGAUCCACAGCGGACUCCGUUUCAGUGGGAUGAUACGUACAAUGCAGGAUUCUCGAAAGCUGAAAGACCGUGGCUGCCCGUACAUCCAUACUUCCGGCAAACUAACCUGCUCAAGCAAAAGGAAGCCGACUACAGUACUUACAAGUUCUACGUAGAUGCGGUAAAGCUGCGCAAGAAUGAUGUCUACUCCCACGGACUGUUCACAUCUCGCGCACUGUCGGAGAACGUGUUCGGUUUUGUUCGCUACAUCAAAGACCAGCCAGACUCGUACCACAUCACUGUGGUCAAUCUGGCUAAUGAAGAGACAACCGUCGAUUUGCUCGACCUGUUCCAGGUCACCAACCAAACCGCAAUCAAAUUGACCGGCACCGAGUCCCGCUUCAAGGUCGGACAGCCGGUGAAUCCAACCCGGCUAACGCUCGGCCCGUACGAAUCGCUCGUGAUUGCAGAAUCGUCUGGUAUCGCUCUCCGGGUGACGCUCUGGUUGAUAGUAGCAGUGUUGGGAAGAUAUCUGUGUGCUAUAAUUGAAUCACAAUAAAACUAAUUAUCUCCGUCUUUGA